UUUAAGAUGUCUAUUAAAAUAUUUAAUUUUUUCUCUUUAAAUUAUUUGCUUAUAAUUAUUGUAUUAUAAUAAUAUUAUGUAUCUAUCCGUAGCACGGGUUAUAGGUUUAUGAGUUUUUUGUAGAACUGGGUGGAUAAUUCGGCUCCAGUUAACGAGUUCACGUCUAUCAUACAUAGUGAAACAGAGAUGGACGACUCGGCGGAGCCUUCCGACGGCGUAGAAGUCAAGAAUCGCAAGUCCGGACUGACUUUAGAGCCAAUCAUGAUGUUAAUGUGUCUCGGAAUAAACGCAAACCUGAUGGUGCAGACUAAUCUAUUUGAAGAACGUGUAUGCCUUCAUAGUGAUCUCGGACAAAAUAAGUCUGUGAAUUGUUACAAUAUGACUGCAGCAGAUCUAGAAAUAGUUCAGCCGGCUGUGGCAGAUUUACAGAUGAUUAAAAAUCUGAUUGAGACAUUAGUUCCUUGUUUAACAGCAUUGUUUUUUGGCCCCUGGAGUGAUGUAAACGGUCGCCUGCCUUUGUUAUUAACAGCGAUCUCAGGUAUGGUAAUUUCUAACUGUAUGUACAGUGCAUUUUCUACGAUACCAAGUCUAUCUCCAAUAAUGUUUUUGCUGUGCAGCAUACCUGUUGCUAUAAGUGGUGGCUAUGGUGCAUUGUUUAUGGCUGCAUCAUGUUAUAUUGUUGACAUCACCGAUUGCAAAUCAAGAGCUUUCAGGUUAGGCGUGUUAUUUGCAUUUGUCAGCUUUGGCUCAAUUCUUGGAUCUGUACUGAGUUCAAUAUUGUAUGGUAAAUCUACUACUUAUUCUUUUUGCCUAUCAUCUUUUGUUUCCAUUGUUGGACUUCUUUAUACAUAUAUUUUUUUAAAGGAAACAAUAGUCAUCAAAAAGGGUGCGGAUACAAAACUUUUCAAUAUUCAACUGGUAAUAGAUAUGUGGCAAACUGUUACAAAACAACGAUUUGGCUACUUAAGAUCCAUAAUUAUACUAUCUGCAGUGUUGUUAACUCUCAAUUUAAUCGUUUUAUUUGGAGAAACUUCGUUCAUGUACAUGUACCUACAGAAACAAUUUUCGUGGACGUUGGAAAACUAUACACCAUUUCUUGUAUAUACGACACUGAUACAUGCCACUGUUCCCGUGAUCAGUCUGUACGUUUUGAACACCAAACUACAAUUGCCUGAAAUGUAUAUUGGAACCGCUUUUGCAGCACUGGGAAUUUUCGAAAAAGUUGGUUUGGCGUACUCAGUGCACCGGUGGCAAUUUUAUGCCAUGAAAUCUGUUGGAUACACAGUGUACAUCAGUCAAUCGUUGGUUCGGUCUCAAUUAUCCAAGAGUCUUCCGUCUGAAGAUAUAUGUAAAAUAUUUGCAUUCCUAAGUGUGAUCGAAAAUUUUGGAGUAUUACUCUACUCACCAAUAUACACUGCAGUCUACGUUACGACAAUCCACAAUUUCGCAAAUUGUUUCUUUUUCUUAUCGGCAAUACUUGGAACGUUCGUAUUUGUUUUAUUCGGAUCUAUAUCAUUCUUACUUUCAAGGAGCACCAUAACUGAUGAUUUGUUAAUUGAAAACCAAUUUUAACCAGCUUAACAGCCAACAACAAACAUAAUAUUAAAGGAGAGAAUUAAAAUAAUCCAUGUACAACUUUUUUGCUUUGAAUGAAACGUUCACAACUCACAACUUAUGAUAUUGUAAAAUGAAAUAUGUAGUAAACAUUUUACAAUUGAUGAUUCUUACCAAUAAUACUACAGCAAGUUGUUGAGAGAAACACCUUCACCAGUAUCUAGUAUAGUAGUUUCUUCAAUUGUGAUUCUGUAAGUAAAAGAAAUUUGGCAUAUGGCAAUCACAGAUCGCACUUAUUAUGGUAAAAAUUAAUUUUCUCUAAGAUGAGUAGAAGAGACCACCGUGAAUAGUAAGUCUUAAACCUAAUUUUUAGAUUGAUGUUAAGAAAAAUAAAUAUUUUUUACAGAUAUUGCUUAGUUUCGAAUGUUCUAGCCCUAAGGCCUAUAACUAUGGCGUUUUGGAUUUACCAUUAUAGAGCACAAUAUUUUUUGAUCGCAAAACACUGUCUCUAAAUUAUAUUGCUAGGUACAAAAUAUACAAUUUUUUCAUAAAUUAUUUCUUUAUUGUCAUUUUGAUUACUAGUUUAUGUUUGUGUUUAAUGAUAUGAACACUGCCUAAUUAGUUCCAUUUGAUUAAUUAAAUGCUACACGGGCAUACAACACCUAUGUAAAUGUAGAAAGGAUUAUUAAUAAAUUAUAGUUUAAUUGAUAGAAAAAAUAUAAAAACUACAUAAAUAUCAUGAGUAUUAUACAAUAGUAUUAUCACAAUGCAUAUCUUAAUAUUGUGUAACUAUUUAUAAUUGUAUUUAUUCCAGUGAAAGAUAGGUGCCUAAUUAGAAUUCAAUAAAUCAACAUAGAUUCGACAUUUUGAUGUCUUUUUAGUUUUCAAUUUAUGUAUGCAUUAUAUAUGCAGUAGGUAUAUUAUAUUAUAUAUGAUACUGCGAUGGUAAUUUGUUUUGGAUUAAGCAAUGUAUAACUAUUUAUAUGAAAUAAUGAUUCCUAAUGUAUCGAUAAUUCAUAACACAUAGUAAUUUAUUUGCAUAAUUCAUUCAAAUAAUGUUUGUUUGUAUGAUUGUAUAUUACCAACCUACAUUGUAUGUUUCAUAAGUUGACCUGUAGCGUCUAGAUUACUGAUUAGUGAAUAAUAAAUUAACAAUAUACCUAACACGAGCAACCUGUUUAACGCUAAUAAACAUAUGAAUCUGUUGUAAUAUAUUUAUACAUGACUCCAGUGUUGUAAAGAAUACUUUGAAUACGUUUUUGGAAUACUUUUUAAAUACUUCCAGUUUAUUUUAUUGUAGAUUUAUAAUUAAUAUAACAUAGUAGGUACAUAAUCAUUUUUAUUUAAUUUAUUUGUGAAAUUAAUGCUUACUACAUUUUAAAAACAUGUUUUCAAAAUGUUCGUCAAUGAUAUUGGUCCGUAGGCAGUGAUUUGAAUAAAAGUAAAAUGUUUGAAAAAAACCAAAAUAAAUUCCCUGCUUACCAACCAUACGAUCGCAUCAAAAAAGUGAUAGAAAAAAAUGUGCCUAUUUUUUGAAAUAUUUGUUGGUGAAUGUGUAAAUAUACAAAUGUUGUAUAAUUUUGAUAAUUUAUGGAAUAUAUUAAAUCGCCGUAGUUUCCCUUUAUUUUUACACUGUGUUUAGCCAAUUUUUGUACUUUUUGUACUUUUACCCCUCCUCCUAUAAAUAAAUAUUUUACAUUUUAUAAAUUUAUAAACUUUUACUUUUUAGUAUUGAAUAUAUUCAAAAAUAUCUAAAAUAAAAAAAAAUAUGUUUCAACCGAUGCAAAGUAGACUUGUUGACCAAUUAAAACACCUUUACAUUUUAGAUUCUGAGCGGAGCGAUGAAUUUAUUGAUUUUACAAUGAUGUGUGUUAUUUUUUUUAUUUUUAUUUUUUUUUUUUUUUUGUGUCUGAGGACAACUUUUAGAGCAGUAAAAAUGCUUCGAUUUUCUUCAACAGUACCUUUUCUGAUAGGAAAGUGAAUCUAGUUGGUACUUUGGGGGGUCAAAAGUAAAAAUUUCCCAAUAGUUUUCACAAGCGACAAGAUAAAAAAAAAAAAAAUUAAGGAAAAACGGUAAUUUUUACACAAAAUUGAAUUUGGUUUUUGGUGUAACUUUAAAACAAAUGACCGUAGAUACUUGCAAUUUUCACUGGUUGUUUAUAUUUGCAUUUUCUAUACACUAUAACAUUUUCAAAAUAUUUUCCAUUUUUUUUUUAGUUUUUUUUCUAAAGAUAUCAAUAAAAUUUUAUUUGUUGGCUAAAAAAGCUUUAAAAUUUAAUAGAAGGCUCCUAGUAUAUUGUUUCAAAGGCAGAUGAAAAAUAUUAAAAAUCCUUAGUCACUGUUUUUUUCUAAGCAUUCAAAGUUCAUAAAUUGAUAUGCAAAAAAAUUCAUUAAUUUGUCUUUUGUUUUUCACGUCGCUUUUGAAAACUACUGGGAAUUUUUACUUUUGACCCCCCAAAGUACCAACUAGAUUCACUUUCCUAUCAGAAAAGUUACUGUUGAAGAAAAUCCAAGCACUUUUAUUGUCCUAAAAGGUGAUGACAGACACAAAAAUAAUAAAUUUUAUUCGGUCAAAAAAAUGUUAAAAAGGUGGAUAAGUGGAUUAUAGAUAAUUUUAGGAAAGUUGGUAUGCAAAUACAAUGUUUUUUCAUAAAUGAAUUCAUUCUGGUAAGACGUAUAUGCAAUUGACGUCUUGCUUACUAUAGUUGACAGUUGAAACUUGAUAAAUAUUUAUUUUUUUUAAGUAAUAAUUAUACGGGCGAGGGGGGGGGGGGGCUUCAGCCUGUUAGCUCCCCCCCUGUGGACGCCACUGUAUUACAUAGGCCUUAUAUUCAUAGACGGAGCAUGUUGUUCCAUACUUCUGCCACGAUUUAAGAUACACAAGUAUCGAACUCCCAUAGUUGAUAAUUUGACCGGUAAACUAAUACUAUCAAAAACACCUGUUCCCAGUACUACUAGCACAUUGUGAGGACAAGUUUAUAGAUUCAAUAAUACUAUAUACUACAUAGACCUAUUAAGUCUUAAUAGGUAUAUGAUAUAGUAUUGGUAUUAUUGGUAUCAAAAGCAGAUAACUGUGGUACCUAAGUGGUUAUGUUAUUAUGAUAUUAUAUAUAUGUAUUAAUAUAUUUAAACCGCAACGAGCGCUUGUGAUUCUGGGCUCUCAGCUGUUUCAGAUAGUUGGUUCACCAGUCAUAAUAAAUUUAAGCACUAUUCGAUAUAGACCUUGCGAGUAGUAUAAUGGUUAUAGGCUGAAUAGGCCGAUGUUUAACCUCUAUAUUAUAAUAUUAUCUUAAAUCGUGACUUCUGCGCAUGCACGAAAAACAAACCAGGUUGUGCAUGAUUAAAAACAAAGGCAGCAUAAAUACGUAAUUAUCGUAUCGUAUCAUGAUUCGUGUAUAUUUCUUUCGAGUUCCGAUCGAAUGAAACGAAUUAUGAAUAAACUUGUAUUACAUUGUAUCACCAUUGAUUGUGAAUAAUAUCAUUAUUAAUUAUCAUUCAUAAUCAAUAGCUAUUAGUAUUACUAUAAUAACUAGUCUUGUUUUCGAUCUCAACGUUUUUAUUUUUUAAUUGACUUAUUUUAAUAAUAUACAUCACUGUA